AUGAUCCUUUUUUCAUCUCGCAGUGUGUUACUCUCAGUGUAUUACCCUCAGAUUUUCCUCAUCCUUACCAGUGGGAGUUACCUAGCUUUGUCGUCCGUGGUGGCUUUAGGAGCUAAUAUCAUCUGCAACAAAAUCCCAGGCCUGGCCCCUCGGCAGCGAGCGAUCUGCCAGAGCCGCCCUGAUGCCAUCAUUGUGAUUGGGGAAGGGGCACAAAUGGGAAUCAAUGAGUGCCAGUACCAGUUUCGGUAUGGGAGGUGGAACUGCUCCGCUCUGGGAGAGAAAACAGUCUUUGGACAAGAGCUUCGAGUAGGAAGCAGGGAAGCUGCGUUCACCUAUGCCAUUACUGCUGCCGGGGUUGCACACGCUGUCACGGCCGCCUGCAGCCAGGGCAACCUCAGCAAUUGUGGCUGUGACCGAGAGAAACAGGGCUACUACAACCAGGAGGAGGGCUGGAAGUGGGGAGGCUGCUCUGCGGAUAUCAGAUACGGCAUUGAGUUCUCCCGGAGGUUUGUUGAUGCCCGAGAAAUCAAAAAGAAUGCACGGAGGCUGAUGAACUUGCACAACAAUGAGGCUGGAAGAAAGGUUCUCGAAGAGAGAAUGAAAUUGGAGUGCAAGUGCCAUGGAGUUUCAGGUUCCUGUACAACUAAGACCUGUUGGACCACGCUUCCUAAAUUCAGAGAGAUUGGAUAUAUUUUGAAAGAGAAAUACAAUGCUGCAGUACAGGUGGAGGUGGUACGAGCCAGUAGACUAAGACAGCCAACCUUCCUGAAGAUCAAGCAGAUUAAGAGUUACCAGAAACCCAUGGAAACGGAUUUAGUGUAUAUCGAAAAGUCACCCAACUACUGUGAGGAAGAUGCUUCCACAGGGAGCGUCGGUACCCAGGGACGACUCUGCAACCGUACCUCUCCCAACGCGGAUGGGUGCGACAUGAUGUGCUGUGGAAGAGGGUACAACACACACCAGUACACCAAGGUGUGGCAAUGUAAUUGCAAAUUCCACUGGUGCUGCUUUGUGAAGUGCAACACGUGUAGCGAGCGGACAGAGGUGUUCACCUGCAAAUAA